UAAACCCCUCAUCCCACCUAAGCCUGAGCAAGCUAUACUCUCUCUCUCUCUCUCUUCCGUUUGUUACUUUCCCCAUUUCUUCUGUUUCUUCCCCCAAGAAAGACAACUGUGCACAGCUAGCUUGCUUACAAAUACAAUGAUGUCUACAACAAUGGCGGGCGGUCUAACCGACGAACAGAUUGUGGAGUUCAAAGAAGCCUUCUGCCUCUUCGACAAGGACGGAGACGGUUGCAUUACGAUUGAGGAGCUGGCGACAGUAAUCCGGUCGUUGGAUCAAAACCCGACGGAGGAAGAGCUUCACGACAUGAUCACGGAGGUCGACGCCGACGGCAACGGCACCAUCGAGUUCGCCGAGUUCUUGACCCUCAUGGCCAAGAAAAUCAAGGAGACAGAUGCAGAGGAGGAACUCAAAGAGGCCUUCAAAGUGUUUGACAAGGACCAAAAUGGCUACAUCUCCGCCACUGAGUUGAGGCAUGUCAUGAUCAACUUAGGAGAGAAGCUGACCGACGAAGAAGUGGAACAGAUGAUCAAGGAGGCGGAUUUGGACGGCGAUGGUCAAGUCAACUACGAUGAAUUCGUCAAGAUGAUGUCCACUAUGACAUGAUAUUGAUUUUCCCCCCUUAAUUCAUAUGAUUGGCUAGAUAGCUCGAAUUCUAUUGGGUAUUGUACGUAGUGCAUAAUAUGUUUUGUUGUUUAGUGUUGUCGUCAGAUUCUUGCAAUGUAACAUCGGUUACAAAUUGUAGGGAGGAUGUUCAAACCGUUCAAGUAGCUAGAUUAAUCCUCCGGUCGAGCAAAGACGAGAGAAAAGAAUAAAAACUUGGGGGAAAUACCAAGAACUAUUGCUCCGUGGAUUUCCUUGAUUCGUUCAAAAUGUUGAAUUGUAUUCUUUCAAUAUAGUCUUAAUAUUAUUCAAUAAAUA